UGCAUAAACACUUUUUUAUUAUUCUUGUUAAACUUUAUUUUAUAUUCAUAUACUUAUUGAUAAAAUCUCCUUUAAUUCCUAAUUUGUACUUUUUAACAUUCUUUGUCUACAUUCAUACACACAUACAUGAAAGCUUGGGAUUAUUUAUCGGGCUGGACAAACUUUGCUUUGCCAAAGAGGAUUCAGAAGCAUUUAUAUAAAUUUGUAUUAAGAAAAGCCAUUGGACAAUUCUUACAAAAGGAACUUGAUCUCGAAAACUUUGAUUUAGCACUUAUAAAUGGUAAUUUGGAAUUAAGAGAUCUAGAUUUGAAUUUACAAUUUAUAAACAAAUUACUAAUGGAUACACCUUUUAUACUUGAAAAAGGAAGUCUGGCAAUGAUAAAGGCAUCUAUACCUUGGUCAAAGCUUUUAAGCGGCGAUAUUUCAUUCAAGAUUCAAGGAUUACAUUUAACUUUUUGUCCAACCAAGAAGACGAAAAAACCAUCAACAGCAAAGGAGGAUGUCGAACAUAUUAUGUCAUCUUCUUUGCAUUUUGCAGAUGAUUUCCUUAGAACUGAAGUUGACAGUCAAGAAGAGUUUCAAGAAUCAUUCCAGCAACGAGAAGAGGGACUUGAGGUACUUACCAAAGUGAUUGAUAAAAUGCUUUCAAGAGUGAAGGUCGAUAUGAUCGAUACACUUGUACGUAUUACACACAAAUCAUCUGUAUUAUCAGCAUCAGUGGAUAUAUCUAUACCAAGGAUAUCUUAUUUUGAUGAAACUCCUGAAUUCAACACAAGUGCAAUAGACAAUUCGAUGCCAUCCAUUGCAAACGAAACAAUUAAAAUUAUCACGAUGGCUUCACCUCAAAUUUGGCUGCGUGAAUCGAUUUCAGAGAAUGAACUUGAAGAAACGCAAUUCUUUGAGGCAAAUGAAGGAGAUUCAACAUUGUUUCAAAGCUAUUACUGUCCAAAUAAUGACGGCUCUACUACCUCUAAAGCCUCUAAACAGCCAUACGAAGCUCUUUUAUUCACAACUUUGGAUGAAAAGAAUUGGAUUCGAUUGAAAUUAAGAUCCUCUGUAGAUAAUAUGUCUAUCAAACAAAUUGAUUUCCUUAUCACUCGUAUUCAAAUUAUUUUAUCGCCUAUACAAAUUGCCUUUUUUAUGAAUUUAUUAAAUACAAUGUCUGUUAUGGAAGAGAGUUCAGAGAAAGUACCUGCUCUUUCAUCUCAAAUAAAUCAGCCACCACUAACAACUACAAAUAUGUUACUAGAGGACUUGGAUAUGUUCAAUGACAAACAAUAUGCAGAGCCAUCUCUUUAUAAACCCACUAACAUCUCUUUAUCAUCUUGUGGCCCAUCAUCAUCUUAUUCAUUAGAGCAAAAAAUUAAGGUUCAAAUGCCACUCAUAGAGAUCUUUUUACUCACUGAUAAUACGCCCAUCAUGGAACCAAGGAGAGACCAUAUUCGUUUUGCUAUUGAAAAUUUAAAUUUGAGGCUUCAAAGAUUUCCAGAAGCAUCAUCUUCUAUAAUAGAUAUUCGCAUAGCUAAUAUCGGCUUAGAUGAAUGGAUCGCUAAACCUAGUCAUUUCAUUAAGCCCUAUGCAUUUGUAUCCCCUCGUUCUCAAACUCAAUACGAAACUUACAUUCCCAUCAUUCAAUUUGAUAACAGAAUCAAGCACGACUAUCGACAUGAAGACAAGUUUCCAGCUUAUUAUCCACAAAACACCAAGUCUGAUCUUGGUCAAGAUCACUCUGUACGUAUUCGUAUAGAACAGAAGCAAGAAACAUUUGCAGAGGUAGUGUCAGAUGAACAAGACACUAAUGUAGAUAUACAGCCAUUUAAAAUAAUAAUUGAUCCACGUACCUUGGAUAGACUAGAGAAUUAUGUCAAUGUGAUAAUAGAUGAUAACAAACAAACAAAAGAAAGGACACACAGUCAUUCAGAAAGGAGACAAUCUGUGUUUGAUGACUUGGAGAUACAAGAAAAUAUAAAAAAACAAAAAGUUCGAAUUCGAUGUGCAUUUAUUCGAGUAUUAUUAAAUGUGCCGGAUAUGAGUCAAAUUACUACAAGAGAAGAGUUUAAUGAUCGUAUACAUGUAAGUCAAUUGAGUGUCGAUAUCAAGAAAUUAGUAGGUUCUUGGUCUUCUACAGUCAUGGACGAUCAUUCAUCUUCUAUAGAAAGUGAAGAUUAUUUUAGUAAUAAGCCAAGUAAACAUCCAAAUAAAUUAAACAUUGAAUUAAACUAUAUCAAUGUAUUUAUGCAGCAUACAGAAGAUGAAAUGGCAAAAUGUUGGUUUACAAUGAAAACAGUACAGGAAUCAAAUCAAAUCUUUGAUACACUUUCACCUACCAUUGAAAUUACAAUUCAAGACUCUCAAAUUUAUCCUACCACAUCGACUCGUUCUGGUUAUUUUGGUGCAGGAUCUGAUAUCCCAGAUAACUUGUUCAAUUUUUUGAGUAAAAAUGAAAAUUUUAAUAGUGAACAAAAAUUACAUCUACCUAUGGAUGAGCAAGCUGAAUCAGCAAUGAUUUUUAAACAAAGAACAAUAGAAACUUCAAUGUUUGCUAUCAAUUGUCAUUUCCCACAAGCAGAUAUGAACUUAACAAAGCCAUUAUGGGAUAAGAUUCAAAUUAUUCAGAAUGACUUGUUAUUAUGGCAACCUAGGUUCUUGCUUCGACAAAAAGAUACAAUCCCUGCGAAUCAUGACGGUCAUUCUUCUUCAAGUUCAGUAUUAGGAGAGCCAAUAGAUGAAGAUGAUUCUAGUCAAAUGCCAAGUUUAUUCUCUAUUGUAGCCUGUAUGUCUAAUGGUGUUUGGGAUAUUUCGACUGUUCCAGAACAUACAUAUCGUCUUCAGUUUUCUGAAUUCAAAUACUUUGCUGCUAUCAAGCAUCUAGGAAAGAAUGAAAAUAUUACAACAUUAGAUAUCGAGGACCUUGAUUUAUUUGAUAUAUCUAAUACAGAACCAAUAUAUUUAUUAUAUAAAACUAUACCCAAGAAAAUUCAUUCUAAACGAAGCACAUCCAUGAUUUCCCUAAUUUCAAAAUUAUCUUCAACUCCUAAACUUAACAAACUUACCAAAUUAACAAGUGUAGUCAUCUGUAAUUUAUGUUGGAAAGCAACGCUUAAUGUUGACUUUGUCACGGAGCUGGUUGAUUUCCAAAAGGCACCUGAAGAGAUGGUAUUCAUUGACCCCCCUACACAAUACACUAAAGUAUAUGCAUGCAUUCUAGAAACAUCCAUUGAUUAUGAACCUAUCUAUAGUCCUUCACGUGCUGUUAUCAUCUUGGAUGGCAUCCAAAUCAUCACUGAUAUACUUGCUGGACAGCCCAUCAUGACCAUAAAGACUUAUAUUCAAAGUACUGAACUUUAUCUUGUUGAUGAUAGGAAUGAGUUGAAUUUGACUCAAGUGCAUGAAUUACUUGAGGGGAAAAAAAGUGAUACAAGAAAUUAUUGGAUUACUUUAGGAUUCACUAAUACAUUAGCAUUUCAAAAUGUGGAAUUUGAAUUCAAGUUAAAAUUAGAUACCCAUUUCCCUGCACCUUCAGCUUAUCUAUCUUUAGUCAGUACAGACCUUAUUGUAGCUGUCAGUGCAGAUGCCUUCCAAACUUUAUUGAAUUUAGUGACCUAUAUCUCUAAUGAUGGAGAUUGUAUAAAAAGACAACCGUCAUCAUCUAAAGAGAAACCGCAACCCCGUCCGACCUACCCAUUUCAUGACAUGUUGGCUAGUAUCGAUGAGACAGCUUUCAAGUCUAAUCCGAUCAAGAUCUCACCACCUACUUUGAUCGAUAUGCCUGAUAUGGAAGAAUUCAGCUUUGUGGAGGAAUUCUAUCAUGCAGAACAUGAUCACAGACCACCAAAGCCACGUCGCAACAGGCAUCGUGCUACAUCAGAUGAUAUUGUUCGAGUACUCAUUCCAGAGGAUGAAGCCAAACAUUGUCUAGAUGUGAUUGAGGAUUUUUUUGGUGUCGAAAGGCAAGUCAAUAGCUCAGAAUCUCCAGUAGACAUCACUAAGGCCCUUCUUUCCUUGCGUAUGUCUAACGUCAAUAUUAUUUGGAAAUUGUAUGAUGGUUAUGAAUGGAAUUAUAUAAGAACUGAUCAAGGUCCCCCGCAUAAUACACCGCUUAUCGAGAUAAAAUUGACAUCCAUCUCCCUUGACUUUGAUUUGAUGCCAGCUAUAGAUCCCACUGCCUUCUUUUGGCAUUUACUUGUUAAGGAUGUCGAGAUCAUUGACCAUAUCCAAACAUCAGCAUGGAAAAAGUUCCUGGGUUAUAUGAGUUCUGAGGAACGUGAAAGAGAUGACUGUAUGGUUGAUGUUGAGUUAAUUAGCCUUAGACCUGUUCAAAACGAUUCACAGCAAGAGUUUAGAUUAAAGGUCAAAGUUUUACCUUUACGUCUUUAUGUAGAUCAGGAUGCCAUGCUAUUUUUACAAAAAUAUUUUUCAUUUGAUACAUCCUGUUUAAGGUCCACCUAUGCUGCGAAUCAAGCAAUCUUAACACCUGAAAAUGAAGACAAUAGUGGAAGUGGCAGUGGUAGUAGUAGUAGUGGUGGUGGUGAUAGUGGUGGUGGUGAAGAUGAGAGUUCACCACAAACAAACAAGCCUGGUCUAUUCUUUCAAUAUGUGGACAUUUAUCCUGUUACACUCAAGGUUGAUUAUAAGCCCAAAGCAUUCAACCUAAAAAAUUUUAGAGAAGGACAAAUUGCAGAGCUUGUAAACUUGUUUCGUCUUGAUGGAUCACAAUUGUCACUAAACCAUCUCAAGUUCACAGGUAUUCAUGGUUUAGAUAAUCUAUUGGAUCGUCUUGGUCAAGAAUGGUUACCUCAUAUCCUUAAUACUCAAAAGAUUAAGAUGGUCUCUGGUGUCUCACCAGUAAGAUCUCUUAUGAAUUUAAGUACAGGCGUAGCCGAUUUAGUCUUAUUACCUAUUCAACAAUACCGAAAAGAUGGUCGAAUAGUAAAAGGGAUUCAACGAGGCACUUCAUCAUUUGCUCGUGCAACGGCUGUUGAAGCAAUUAAAUUUAGUUCAAAAAUGGCAUCGGGUACACAAUUUAUCCUUGAACAUGCGGAUGGCUUUUUUUCAUCCCCUAAUACGACGACAGCCUCCAUGACUGAUCAUAACCAUCCUCUCCUUUCUUCCCAGUCAGAGCAAAAUAAGGCUACUUCAGAACAGACCGCUGUCUUUACUGCACCAACCACGGAAAAUAAGGUAGUCAUACGAUCUGUCCCAAUUUCUGUCAUCAAGCCCAUGAUUGGCCUCACAGCCUCAUUUCAGCAUAUCUUGACAGCACUAAGAAGCUCAAUAGAUCCUGUGAUGAGACUACAGAGUGAAGAUAAAUACAAGAAACCAAAAUAAUAUCUCUAAGCCACAAAAAUUAGUACUAGAUCUCCUAUUCAUUCAUAUUAUUUUAGUUCGAAUGUCAUAUUAUACACAUUUAUUAUUUAAUUUUUUUUUCUUUUAUCUUUUUUUUUUUCGAGAUU